GUAAGACCCGGGGAAGUAAGCCAAUCACUAGGAACGCCAAGGCGGCGCAGACCAUCUGCUCGCGCGGGUAGUGGAUUAUCGGAUGACGCUACUACAUCGGGUGAACGUCAACGAACUUCCUCGGAACCACCUCAAGGCGGAAACAGGCGACGCCGGCAGGGAAGUGAACCGGAUCCAGACGGUGAGUCGCGAGAAAGAGGAACGCCAUCACAUCCGGCACGAACACACCGGGGAAGGGAAUCGGGACGAACGGGUACUCCGGGUGCCGAUGACCGAGCGACCAGGAACGGGGACGCUGGAGGAAGCAUGGAACCUGGCGCCACGGGGAACAGAAGCGAGCNAAACCGGAUCCAGACGGUCAGUCGCGAGAAAGAGGAACGCCAUCACAUCCGGCACGACCACACCGGGAAAGGGGCUCGGGAGGAACGGGGUGCACGGGUGCGAGGCCCAACACUCUCGGAGGGACAGCCUGGAGGCGGCGGUUCAAGCUGACCCGGGGCUGCAGCUACGAGCUGAAAGACUGAUAAGGGGGUUAAACGACGAACCCCACGGAGCACGUCCGCUGUACAUCUGGAACCAAGACAGUCCGGGAAUAGGGCCUGCUUUGGACGAUGUCAGCAUGGAUGAUCUCUCACUCAGGUUCCAGACGGUGAAGAAAGUUCAACCUAGGUUUGCUUCCGACCAUGCCCGUCUCCAAACUCACGUGCUCCACCUUGUUAACAAGCAGCUAGCAGAAGGCGGCGGAGCUUCCUCGGCGACCGGGACCCCACUUUCCACUAUCCGGGUCAUCAAACUUUGGUACCUCCUACCAGGUAUUCUGCACUCCUUUGAUGGUCGGAUAGCUCGAAAAAAACGCUACAACUGGUUCAAAAGAGGAGAUAUAUCGUCCGCUCUUCCUUGGCUGAUUGAGUAUACCAAGGCGGCGAGUGCAAGGAGCAGGGGACCGGCACGGGAAGACACACCCGACGACAAGUUCAAAAGGGCGGCGAGGGCGUGCCGGCACUCUGGAGGCGUGAAGGACGCAGCAAGAGCGCUCCUAGCCGAUCAACCGUCACCGGGGAACGACGAGACAUGGGCACGUCUGAAAGCCAAAUUUACGCGUGAGGAUCCCGUACAAGUGGAGCAGGCCAACGCCGAAGCCAUAGCUGCAAGCCGCACCGAGGAGGAGGAAGGAAGCGCCCCGAGAUGGAGGCCAGAAACCGAGUUCGAUCCACGAGUACUCCUUCAAGUCAUCAACAGCAGAAGCUCUAACUUUGGAGCAGGAAAUGACGGGCGACGUUUCUCCCACCUUAAGUCCAUCGUCAACACUAAAAUUGGUCGGGAAGAGUUCAGCAACGCGAUGUCGUCCCUUUGGAGGAGGCUCAUCAACGAUCCCAACGCGUUCCCACCGGAGUUCUGGACUCUUUGGAAACUGUCCAGUCUAAUCGCCCUAGGUGAAAAGUGCCGUCCAGUGUGCAUCGGAAUGACUUGGAGAAGGCUGAUUGCAGCGGGAACGGUCAGGGAGUGGAAACCGAAACUGGAAGAAAUAUUUCGGGAAGCGGACCAAUUCGGAGUGGCGGUAGCUGGAGGAGUUGAACAAGUUGCGAUGGACGCACAACUGGUUCAUCAGACAGGUCAUUGGGUAGUCCAGACGGAUUGCUCAAAUGCCUUCAACACGGGCAAGCGCACCGCCAUAAUGGCCCAGGCCGCAAAGAGCGUCCCAGAUCUCGUGGGGUACAUCGCCAGGUGUUACGACGAAAUCCCGGCAAAGGCGAUAUACGCGAUGGACUCCGGAGAGCAUCGGACGAUCGAGUGCAAGAGCGGUGUGCAGCAAGGAGAUGGAAUGGGACCGCCCCUGUUCUGCUUCAUCCUAGUCCCGAUCGUCUUGAAGCUUAGAGCCAAGUACGACCACCUCGGGCAAGGAGAUGGAAUGGGACCGCCCCUGUUCUGCUUCAUCCUAGUCCCGAUCGUCUUGAAGCUUAGAGCCAAUUACGACCACCUCGGGUGGGCAUCAUCGUCANCCUACGUCGAGGAUAUCUCAAUGAAAGUGAUAACUGAAGGGGGUGCAGACAAGCUUGCUCGCAUGCUGGUGCGCAUGCCAGACAAACAGGUGGCUCACCUCGUCACAUCACAAUCGCUGACACAGCGAUCCGGAUAUAUCGAGAGAGGCAUCAAUCAUAAGCUAGUGAAAGGGGCUUGUAAACGCCUGGACAAUAUGGUGAUGUGGGUCCUAGAGGCAACGAUGGGGCUCAGAGACACCGAAGUCGAAGAAGAGUUCUUCCAAGACGACUGCCAGCCUGACCGCUUCAAGUCAAAGCCCUAUCAACAAGCCCAGGCGCGCCUGUCGACAGGAGCCGGAGGACUAGGAUUACCAGCAGCCGUUAUGCGAAGGUUCUCAGCUUCUCUGGGCAACCUAGUCGGCACCCUUCCUGCGGUUAUAGCCGCGUUACGGGGUCCAUUGGGAGAGUCGGUGAGAAGUUCGGAUACCGGGAACCGUGUUGGUGGAGCGGAUGGGGGACGCUAUCAAAGAACUCAACCAGGAGCAUGCAAUAUCGGUGGAGAUUCUGAAGGGGAUCCUUCCCCCGUCAUGGGUUGAGUGGGCCUUAGAACCGACAGGAGA